AUGUUUCAAUCUUUAAAUGAUUCAAUCAAAGCCAUCUCGUCCUCUAAAUACUUCGAAAAUGCUGAAUCAGAGUCUAUAUCUAGGACAGUUAUUGACAUUAUCUUCUGUGAUCGCCUAAACCGGCUUGAAGACCAAGAUGCACAUAAAUGUCUAAACUGGCUCCCCGAGAUGGCUAUCUCGGCGGAAAGUGCCUCACUGGGGAAAACGAUACAAGGAAAGGUUGAUUGGUGUCUCUCACACGGGAAUAACGACGUAUCAGAACUGGAUACUACCCUGGUCGUGCUGGAAGCUACGAAGUUGGGAGAGGGUAUCUUGUCACUUCAAUGGAUGAUCCAGAGAGUUGUGAGUGAAGAUGUACAGUAG